UAAAUUAAAAUGAUAAAAGAAAAUGUGUUCGGUGUCCGAUUAACCAGAAAGUUCCUUUCAGGAGUUAAAAAGUUUCCAUGAUUUCCGUGUCGUUUCAAUUGUUUGUGAUGAUAGCAUUGCUCCAAUCUCUUCUCUUCUGUGUCUGUGUAGUAAAAUAUGUCUGACACUGAAGACCAUGCAGCACACUAUUCCAAUAAACAGAGGUUCAGGGACAGAUCUAAGGAGAUGCUUUCCAAACAGGCCGUUAAGAUUGCCAAACAAGCUGAAGAGCACGAAAGGUUCAUCAACAAGGUGACGCAUCUCGUUGGGGUCCUUGGUUUUGGUGGCUUUUGCUUUCUUUUAGGGGCAAGACCGCAAGACAUCCCCUAUGUAUAUUGUUUGUUCUUCGUCAUCUUUGUUCCUCUUCGUUGGAUAUACUAUAGGUUCAAGAAAUGGCACUAUUAUCUACUGGAUUUUUGCUAUUAUGCCAAUACAAUAUUCUUGGUUGAUCUUCUUUUUUAUCCAUCAAACGAGAAACUUUUCAUGGUUUGCUUUUCUUUUGCGGAGGGGCCAUUAGCAUGGGCUUUGAUUGUUUGGCGCUGCAGCUUGGUUUUCAGUUCUCUUGACAAAAUUGUCAGUGUUCUUAUCCAUCUUUUACCUGGAUUGGUUUUCUUUACUAUUCGAUGGUGGAAUCCUGCAACCUUUGAAGCCAUGCAUCCAGAGGGAACUGCUCGAAGGCCUACAUGGCCUUAUGUCGAAGAUAAAUCCUUUCUCUGGACAUGGCUGUUUCUGGUUCCCUUGGUAGCUUACACCUUGUGGCAGCUUCUAUACUUCCUCAUUGUCAACGUCUUACGCAGACAAAGGCUUUUAAGAGAUCCUGAAGUUAUGACUUCCUACAGGGAACUCUCGAAAAAGGCUCAGAAAGCAAACAACAUAUGGUGGCGCUUAAGUGGGUUGCUUGGGGAUCAAAAUCGCAUGCUAAUGUACAUUUUUCUUCAAGGCUUAUUUACUGUGGCAACCAUGGCACUUACUGUCCCCAUAUUCUUGUCAUAUGAAUUGCAUGUAGUUUUUCAAAUACUCAAGGUUUCAGCCUCAGUAUGGAACGGAGGAAGUUUUCUGUUAGAAGUAAUGCCUAGGCAGGCAAUUCUCAAGGAGAAAAUGAAAUCAGAGGUGCAACCUCAAUCCAUUGAUCAAUAGUGAUGGAAAAUGGUAGGAUGUUAAAACAAUGUUGUUGUGACAUCUCACUCCUUACUCAACUAAUAUCAACGUAUUUUGUUGAAUUUGUAAUUGUAUUUGUUGAUUUGUUUUACUGAGAAUACGGAUAUGGGGUGGGUGGGGAGAGAGGAGGGGAAGGGAUAUAGAACGCAUAUUUCUAUUUCCUUUCUCGUUCAACGUGCUUUCCAUCAUUUGAAUAUACUUUUAGAACAGUCUCCUAAGUGCCUGUGCCUUCUGUAGCUUUUUCUUUUUACUCCAGUUUCAUUCAUUUAUUUGCACAAGUUUCACUCUGCCCAUGUCUCAAACUCCUUUCCAUGUUUGGUUGUCUCAAAUCAAAAUUGUUUUUUUCCUUA